AAAUGCUACGAGGAUUUGAUGGAGAUCGGCAGCGUCUAGGAAAUGCUGAAAAGUUUCUGAUGCACUUAAUUCAGUUGCCAAGUUAUAGAUUAAGGGUGGAAAGUAUGCUGCUUAAAGAAGAAUUUGCCACGAACAUGAACUUCCUGGAACCUUCCAUCGACAAUUUGAAACUAGCAGCACAAGAAAUCAAAGACUGUCACUCGCUUCACGAAAUCCUCUACAUGGUUCUGGUUGCUGGCAACUUUCUUAAUGCAGGCGGGUACGCUGGUAAUGCUGCUGGUUUCAAGAUGAUGUCGUUAUUGAAAUUGACUGAUAUAAGAGCUAAUAAACCUGGAAUGAACCUAAUCCACUAUGUGGCAAUGCAAGCAGAGAAGAAAGACCCCAGUUUGCUAAAGUUUUCUGAGGAAUUACCAAGUUUGGAAGAAGCCACUAAGUAAGUGUCCUGGCAGUU